UUCAAAUGGUGGAGACUUUCUUUCAUGCAUUGAAAACGGAUGGCUUGCAGCCUGAUGUUCAUGCAUACAAUGCACUGAUCAAUGUGUAUUGCCAAAUGGGUUAUAUGGUCAAGGCGUAUGAGUUGACGGAUAUGAUGAUGCGGGAUGGUGUUUCUCCGGAUGUUGCUACAUAUAAUGGCCUCAUGCAUGGUCUUAUCAAGAGAGGGUUCAUAUUAGAAUCUAGGGAGCUUUUCGACGAGCUUGUAAGGCGGGGGUUUUCACCGGAUAAAUUCACAUAUACCAACAUCAUUCACGGAUGUUCAAAACAAGCUAAAUUUGAAGAAGCAUACCUUAUUUGGUGUACCAUGAGUGAACAUGGAACAAAACCGGAUGUUGUUACUUGUAGUGCACUGCUCAGUGGGUUAUGCAAGGCGAAACGAACGCAUGAGGCUUCUCUUUUAUUUCAGAGGAUGCUAAAUAUCGGCCUUGAACCCGAUUUGAUAUUGUACAAUACUCUCAUUUGUGGCUUUUGCGGAGAAGGUAAUGUUGAUGAAGCUUUCAAUUUGCUUUCUAUGAUGGCAAAACACGGAGUCCUUCCUGACAAUUCAACUUGCCAAUCUCUGAUUUAUGGUCUUGAAAAAAAAGGGAUAGAAAAUCCCAUUGAAAGCGCUGCACUGAAAUUAGACCAAAUAUUCUGUGCAAUUUGAGGUUUUGUUGGCAAAAUUCGAUAUGAACAGAGGACAUGAUAUUCUUGCAAAACCUCACCAGGGGGCACGAUCGAAGUGCUUGAUGCCAAGUUCGUUUAUUUGUACAAUUUCUUUACUUCACGGAUCAUACCAAUUACAUUCACCAUUAUUUCAGUAAGUAUAAUACUUACUGAAAUCGGACUUAACCAUACAGGAGCACGAUUGAAGUGCUUGAUGCCAAGAUCAUUUGUUUGUACAAAUUCUUUACUUCAUGGAUCAUACCAAUCACAUUCACCAUUAUUUCAGUAAGUAAAAUACUUACUGAAAUCAGACUUAACCAUAUAGGAAGCACGAUCGAAGUGCUUGAUGCCAAGUUCUUUUGUUUUUACGAACUCAACCAUACAGCCAUAAAAUGGAGACCCUUGAUGUCAAGUUUGUUUAUUUUUAUGAAUGCUUUACUUAAGUAAUCAAACCAAUCACAGUCACCAUUAUUACUGAAAUUGGCUUUAACCAUGCAGGAGUACGAUAAAAAUGCUCGAUGCCAAGUUCAUUUGACUUCGUAAAUUCUUUACUUCACUGAUCAUAUGACAACUCGGUGUCAAAAAUUAAUGGCAAUCUCGGUACUGCUUUUGUUCACUCUUAAUUUUUUUUUUGUCUGAGGAAACAUUACUUCUGUUCUUACCGGAAAAAAUACGAAUUGAAAGCUUUGUAGAAAAUGAACUGUGAUUUAUGCUCAUUGAGAUUCACAUCAGGUCAUAAACUUGAUUCUCAUUUCUCCAAUUCAAAUGAAAUUUGAUGAAUUAGUGAACAAUGUAAAUGUUGAUACAU